UGUCUGUCCGUGUGUCCGUGUGUCUGUCGGUGUGUUUGUCCGUGUGUCUGUCCGUGUGUCCGUGUGUCUGUCGGUGUAUCUGUCCGUGUGUCUGUCUGUCCGUGGGUCCGUGCGCUCCUUUGCAGGUCCCAGUUUGCGCUGAAGUUCCUGGACCCCUCAUUCGUGCCCAUGACGAACUCCCUGAGCCAGGAGCUGCAGGAGAAGCCGUCCAAGUGGGCCUUCAACCGCACGGCCUUCGCCCACCAGCGGCAAGAAAUCCUUCAGCACGUUGAUGUAAUAAAAAAUUUUUCUUUGACCAAGAAUAGCGUUCGGAUCGGGCAGCUGAUGCAUUACGAUUAUUCCAGCCACAAGUACGUUUUCUCUAUCAGCAAUAACUUCCGAUCGCUGCUUCCCGACGUGUCGCCCAUCCUGAACAAGCAUUACAACAUCUGCGCCGUGGUUGGAAACAGCGGGAUCCUGACCGGGAGUCAGUGCGGGCAAGAAAUAGAUAAAUCUGAUUUUGUUUUUCGUUGCAAUUUUGCUCCAACCGAGGCUUUCCAAAAAGAUGUUGGAAGGAAAACCAAUCUUACGACCUUCAACCCCAGCAUCCUGGAAAAGUAUUACAACAACCUUCUGACCAUUCAGGAUCGCAACAACUUCUUCUUAAGCCUGAAAAAGCUCGACGGGGCCAUCCUUUGGAUCCCCGCUUUUUUCUUCCACACGUCAGCGACGGUCACGAGAACGCUGGUUGACUUCUUUGUUGAGCACAGAGGGCAACUGAAGGUCCAGCUGGCUUGGCCAGGAAACAUCAUGCAGCAUGUUAACAGGUACUGGAAGAACAAACACUUGUCACCCAAGCGGCUGAGCACAGGUAUUCUCAUGUACACCCUUGCUUCUGCCAUAUGUGAAGAGAUCCACUUGUACGGAUUCUGGCCCUUCGGGUUCGACCCCAACACGAGGGAGGACCUCCCGUACCACUACUAUGAUAAGAAGGGAACCAAGUUCACGACCAAGUGGCAGGAGUCCCACCAGCUGCCUGCAGAGUUCCAGCUGCUCUACAGGAUGCACGGUGAAGGACUGGCCAAACUCACCUUGUCGCAUUGUGCCUAAGAACCUAAAUCUUGAAGUGCCAAAUGAUUGUCUAAAAAAGUGCCCAAACCCCAAUUAAACGUUCUUCAGAUAGAAUUCUCAAAAAAAAAAAAAAAAAAAAAAAAAAAAAAAAAAAAAAAAAAAAAAAAAAAAAGACCCAAACACCCCAGCCUAAAAACAUAUUUUCCAUAAUAUAAAGAUGCUUUUUAGUCACCCCUGUCACUGCUCACCAGAGGGUUUAAGCCCGUUUAGCAGUGCAGAAACAUUUAUCAAAUUCUGUGGAUGCUAUUCAUGCAGCAGCAAAGUCGAAAUAUUUUGCAUUUAUAGAUAAGCCACUAAGUAUGUUUUAAGAUACUUUCGUAUUUUAGCAUCCCACUAAAUGCCCUGAAACUCUUCAUUUUACUGUUCCUUCCUGACUAGAACUAGAAAUGCCAAUUUUAAAAGGUUUUGCUGCUUUUGUGUAUGUUGCUAUCAAUUGCUUGGCAUAAUAGAUCGCUGUGGCCGAUCGAGGAGGCCACUCAGAAUUCCAGUUCUUCGCCACUUGCAAGUUCUUCAGUGUGGAUCCUGGUUUCCACCGCUUGCAUAUUUUCAUAUUUACUGAAUUUGACAUUUUUCAAAGCUGUAAGGUGAAGGAGGAGGUCGCAAUCCGGCUUGUACCUUAGCUAGGUGUUUAUAUCGCUCUCAGAACACUUCAGUGUUUUAAUUCAACUUGGGCCAAACCCUACUCCUAAUUAGGCUGAGCCGUGGUCGUUCCCAUCCGUGUGAUCAUAUCUGGUCUUUUGAUUUCAAAGUUAAACCGCCGCCAUAACAAUUAGGUUUCUCUGGAGAUGCGUUGGGUGAGACCAGCCCCAGACCCCGGCGCGGGCACGCCUCCCUCUGCACCGGCUCCCCGCACCCUCCAACGCCGGGGGGUGCUCUGGGGGGACGAUACCCCUGAGCAUGGGGACCACGGGGGGGUCCCACCCCAUCCCUUUGCCCCCAGAUUGGCGGCCGGGCGCCGCACCCAUCCUGGUGAGCUCUGCUGGGUGGGACCCGCCGCGGCCGUACCCAACGUUCUGCUGCAGGAGUGUUUUGGUAGGUGCCACCCAAACCGUGGCCAUGGGGUUCGUUGCUCGGCGGUGUCUGUAGAGAGUGGUCGUAGCCUUCGUUAGUCCAAUUAACAGCGAUGGGGCAGGCGGGCCGGGCAGCAGCAGGAGCCAGGCACCGGGGUUGUUAAAAAUGCUUUUUAAAGGGAAGUGAGUGCAGCAGGAGUCCAGGGAAGAGGAAAUACAGUUACCGGGUCUCCCCAUUCACAUCUCCAACUCCACGGUCAGACCACUAAACGAGCGGCCCCGUUUUCCGAUCACCAACAGCCACCCGAGGCAGGCAAAGCAAGGCACGGCUUCCUCGGCACCGCUGACAUCUGGCUGUUUGUAGAGAGGACAAACCUCACUUAGGGUUUGAAAGUGUUGGCCAUUAUGUCUCAGGAUAAAGGAGCGUGUAAAAUAACUGGGUUUCUUAUUACCACAAGUAUUGCUUACAAGUAUUUUAAUGUUUUUCUACUAUUCUCUCUGACGCUGAGAACUGACUGCACACUGAAAGAAGAUGCAAAAUCCAAUUUAAAAUCAUAGUUUAAAAUGGCACCAUUUAAUUUUUCUCGGCCUCUUUACCUACAAGCAGAUGUAGGAGGUGAGGAAGAUCUCGAGUACAACACCAAACCGCAGCUCCACCGGCCCCCGAAGCUGGGACCCCGCUCUCCCCCACGCCCCGGGGCGGAGAAGGAGCUGGCAACUUUCUUCCCCAUUUUAACGACCCCACAUUUUCUGGCUUUUGUUUUUUCCAAGGCUGUUCAGGGCUGGGGCGCACUGCGGAGGGGCUGGGGUCUCGCCAUGCCGCGGCGUUCCCGCCCGCCCUGCCAAGCCUGGCUCAGCGUUGCCGGGGGCUCCGGCUCUCCGUGCUGUCUGUCGGCCCCGUGCUCGUCGCCAUCCCUGCAGCAGAGUCCAACUUCCCGCAGCUGUUACGAAGACAUAGUUGUGCAGUGACGGUGGUGUCUUACGCCGUGUGGUGCCAUAAGAGUUGUCCUUGAUAUUAUCACCUAUUAUUUGUGCCAUAGUCGCGCGCGAGGGCCCGGGAGCGGAGUUUGGCCGUGCUGGGCGCAGGCUGUGGCAGAGCAUGAGGACAGGUCGUCUCCAUCACUCGCACCUGCCCGCGGGAGGGACAGGGAUCCCCCGACCCCGCCAGGCCUGUCACCGAGGGGUGCAGGAUUGCACCCCCUGGACGCCAGGACUGUGAGCAACCGGGCAGCACCAGCCCCGACCUGCGGGAACCCUCGUCCGAGUGCCGGAGCACACGGAUUUUUUGUGCCCAAGAAACAGAAAGAUGAGAAAUUGCAGGGAGAUCUGCGCUAGUUGUUAUGACAUGCAGUAAUUAAUCAUUUCUGAUGGUGUUUCGAGCUGUACGUACCCAGGAAGGCAGGCGGGCGGCUCGGCCGGUCACCGAGGGGCAUGUUGAAGGUGUGUCCCGUGGCCAAGAGCCCAGCAGGGGCCAGGGGUGACCCCCAACCCUGGCUGAUGCCUCUUGGCUUGUGGUUAACGCCAGAUUAUUUUCUUUAAGAGGCAUUUUAUCAAUUUCAUGUAGGGAGCGAUCAUUUUUAAUCAGCGCAUUAAAGAAAUGUGAAUUAUUAUAUUGGUGUGAAAGGGGGGCCUGGUGUGCUCUAUACAACUUUUGGCUGCUGGAUCCAAGGGGGAAUGGCACUGGCAGACCCUGCUCGGCUGCUGCACGGCGUUUACGUGGCGUAACCAGUAGUCACCAGGAAACAUUCGUUAGCCCAGACAGACAUAUUUCCACCCGUGUGUCUCCAGGAGCCCUUUUCGCAGUGGGGGUGCUCAGCCUGGGGCCAGGCUCCGGGGUGUUGGCCCCGGCCGUGUCGCUGGGCGGUGGGACACGCUCAGAGCCGCAGCGUCCAGCCUCUCCCCGAGGGGAGGGCGGCACUUCUGAUGUGUCCGGGGGCCUCGGCCGGUUGUUCCUGAGCGCGGCACAUCUUCGCUCAAACCGCUGCUGUAGAGCACCCAGGAGAGCAGAUGAACGGCAAAAAUUAGAGGUUGAAACCAAAAGCCAAAAUUGUUCUGGGGUCGUUUUUUAAUUUUUCUUUUUUUUUUUGUUUUUAAUUAAAUUUCCCAUCCUAAUCACACUAAACUCGGGGAAGUUGCCUAUGGCUGUAAUUUCUGUUCUGCCCCCAGCUCGCCCCCCAGGCUGUUUCUGUGCUCGGGAGCCCUGCGAGGCCCCACGCACCCCGCAGAGCGCCGGGGACGCUGGUCGCGGGGAGGAUGGCGUCGGGGAGGUGUCUCCAUGUGCGGUACCUUCGUUUGACCUUGCUUAACUUCAGCAAAUGGAGCGUCUCUCAGGUUCAUCCCGCUCAUGGCCAGGUCCCGUUACGGCUGAAGGCAGCAGACCCCGCCAGGGGGUCUCGGGGGGAGCCCCGGUGCUCUGCAGCCCCCUCCCAUCCCCAGAGAGGGCCGGGACCCCCCAUCGGUGCCGGGGGAUGGCUCUGGCAGCACAGCUGGAACUUUCCAGAGGCACAGAGAGGCACCGAGAGCGGAGAAGGAAGCACGAAAACAGCUGCAAAUAUUCGGAAAUGGGAAUACAGAAAAAUUAUUGACAGAGCGCCAUAUUAUAUCAUUGAUUUUUAAGCAAAACUCCCUAUCGAUUUUUCAGAACCGCAUUGAACAUUUCAGAAUCAUUGAUUUUAAUGGGGAGUUCUUCCCCAAAAUCAAUGGCGCAAUACAGCCCAAAGUAAAUUGCUUCUUAGUAUCAAUAUUUUUUUGUCCAAGCUCUUGCAGUGUGGAAAGCUGUCUUAAAAUGUGCAUCUUUUGUUUUUUGCCUGUUUCCUGCUCUUUGAAUUCUGCUUUUGUAGAGCGACUGGCAGGGAAGGGCGGCUUGUGCCGACUGGUGGGACCAGCAGUGGCCCAGGGUGGGCUCUGCUCCCCCAGGCAGGGAGAGCCCCCGCUGCUGCCUCGCGGUCAGGCUGGGCUCUCUCCCAAAACCCCUUUUUUGGGCUGAUUUUCUUGUGGGGCCUCGCAUUAGGGGCACUGCGCGUCCCUGAGCAGCAAAGGGGGGUGACCCCCCCCGAAUUGGCAGUAAGGUCAGGGCUCGGCGUCCUUUUCUCACUGCACGGGGCUUUCAGCAUGUGUAAUUCUGGUUUUGUAGAAAAUAAUCAGAAAAUCCCUCUGAGCUGGAGGAAGUCAGUGGUGGGCGGCAGGAGGAGCCCUGGCGUUGCCUGGAGAAGGUCCGGGCUGGGCGGCUCACGGCGGGUUCCUGAGCUCUGGGAUGAAGGGGAUGGAGGUGGUGGGCGAGGUGAGGGCCGGAGGGUGCGGAGGAGACGGUGGCUGAGGGGGAGAGGCAGAAAAUGCCUUUUUAAAUAAGCUGCUCCCCGCCAGCCCCCACGGCUCCCCGGGGCGGUGCGGUGCCGGCUGCCGCCCGCCCGGCUCAGGACUGCAAACGGCCCUUGCGUUGGGUCUCACCUUGGCCAGACUCUUCCUGCCAAAGCCUUCCAGCCUCCUGUCUACCUAAACCAACUCCUGAUGGUUCAAGGAGAUACUCGCUGCCGUUCCUGAACGUCUAGGCCAGCAGAUACGGCUAAAUGAACGUACGUGUCACGCAGCGUGAUCAGUACUCGUAAGUACGGAAGGUUUGAGUUUACAAAAGCAGGCGAGGUCCUGACUAGCUCCGAGGGAAGGGUCUGGCGGGAUGCAGACCCCGCUGGGCUCCCAGGACGUGUCCCAGGCGCUGCCGGAGGCGAGCGGGGCCGCAUCCUGCUCCAGCCCUGUGCCGACGGGCGCCGAGGACCCCGCAGCGAGGACUGGGGAUGUGGAGAGGGGGUGUACAUAGGAGUGGAAAUACGUGUGUUACCUUCUCUUCUUUUAUACAUCUGGGGUUUGUAUUUUCGUUGCUUGCAUCUUUUCAGUGAAUGGUAGCAAGAUACAUUCAGACAAAGUCAUUUUUGGCUACUGGUUUUAAUUGUGGAGUAUACCAAAAAGCAAGCGUUUGUGGACUAUAACUAACUGUGAAUGGAGGCUGCAAAAACGGAUCGUUUAGAAAAAAACAGGUUUUCUGUAAAUGAAUGUGUCUUUAUUCCAAUGGCUAUACAGUUCAAUGCCCGAUGGAGUUGUUUUCAAUAAAAGAAAAGAUAAAUAUUU